GGAGGAGAAGAGGAAGGGGAUUAUCUGAAGGGGAAAGGAAGCGAACUCACUCGCCGAGCCGCCGACGACGCCGGCACCAGCCACCGCCGCGGUAACCACGCCUCCGCCUCCGGCUUAACCCCGCCCCGGAAUCCACGCCUUCGCCUUCGGCUUAGCCUGCAAGUGAGACUGCCAUCAUGCAAAGCCCUAUCACAGUAUCUGGCACCUCUGCCUCCACAAAAGCAGCCCCUGAUACAUGUGGGAUUCAAGGGUGGGCUGAUCUCCCUGGAGGCCCACUCCAGUCUAUUGUUGCCCUCCUGGGCUCCUUCAUUGACCUCCUUGCCUUCGCAAGCACCUGUCGUUCUUGGCGUGCUGCCUUCUCAUCAUACCCAUCCAAAUCCAGGUUCUGUGCCUUGCUUCCACCUCUCCUCGUUAGGCCCAAUGUCUCCGUGCGUGCACCUGAUGGUCACGAGCUACGCAGAUGGCAGGUCAUCGAUCUAGCCAAUACAAAAGCAGACCUUUGCUGCCAGAUUCCUCAAGAAAUAUGCAAGGCGAUGCAUUUCGCCGGCUCCUCCUAUGGCCAGCUGAUAUGCGGCCUUCGCAAAGAUUGCAUCAUUGUCGAUGUGUUCACUGGGGCCAGAGUAUGGGCACCGCCGCUCCCACUCAACGAUGACACUUUCUUCUACUCUGGCAUGCUGACAGCUCCUCUUGCGCUAGAAAACUCGCACCUCCUUGUCUGUGUGGUGUCCAGCCAGCACAGCAUCCCAGCCUCCCUUCUUGACUGGUCAGUUGGAAGCAAUUCUUGGUCGGAAAUACAGCUCGGUAACUCACUGAUCGAGCAGAUCGUGGAGUUCAACGGUCAGUUCAUCGUGAUGGACAGCUACUACAGGCUCUACACUCUGUCCUUGGCCCCCCGGCUUGGUUUGCAGGAGAUGGCAACUGUUUGGUGGGACAACAUGCCUGGAUGCCCAUUCCGAAGGCCAUGGCUGUUGGUAUGCAGCGGCAUGCUUCUAAUUGUUGACUACUACUUGAGCUUCUCAUCGUCUGGAGCACGAGCGCCUGUCAACUACAAAGCCUACCGCCUGGAUACGUCCACUGAACCUGCGACUUGGGUGGACGUGGUGAAGCUGGAGAAUGAUGCCCUCUUUAUCGGGGGCGAUGUGAGGAGCCCGCCGUUCUCUUGCAUGAGUCCAGGACGGUGGGGCGGGAGAAGCAACUGCCUGUACUACGCGCAUUACAGGCAACCCUGGGUCCUGCAUGGGCUGGGUGACGAUGCAGAUGCCAUUUGGGAUGAUUCCACUGAUCCUGGCCUUGGGUUCAAGAGGGACUGGUACAUCCAGCUUCAGCCAUUCUGGGUGUACCCGAGCAUGUUCUACUCAGAUGGACAGUGAUCCGUGCCCGUCCUGUGUUGCAGAAAUUUUUGCCUUGGAGUUGUUUGGUUAGGGAAGACUUCUUAUAUUUGAGUAGAUGAUGUCACUAUGGUAUUGUAUUUGAGAUUUCAUUUGUGUGUGUGUGUGUGUAAUUGUUAAGUUAUGUGUCUGUUUUGAGGAAAAUAUUGAUGUAUGCUUUUGAAAUUUAUAUGAAGAAAACCCACGAUGUCUACCCAAAGAUCAGUUUUUGAA